CCCGGCCGCCCCCGCGCCCCGCGCCCCUGAGGCGGCCCGGGCCCGGCGGGAGCGGGCCGGGCCAUGCCGAGCAGGCCGCCUCGCCAGUUUGAAAGUACCUCUGCGCUCCCGACCGCGCUCCCUAAAUGGUUGUCGCUUCCCACCUCCCACGGAGGGAUGAGUUAGGCUGGAAGUGGCGCCGACGCGGGUCCCCGCGCAGAGCCCUCGGUAAGCCAAGAGAGAGCUGCUCCCUGGGUUGCUUCCUGCACCCUUCCCAAGUGUGAGCACAUCGCAGCCAGCACGGAGAAGGGCCUCCUCUUGUCUCCAAGGCACUUGCCUCUGCCUCCUGUUCUUUUGUCCAAAAGAAGGAAAAGCCAGACCAAAUCAGUCCAUAAAGAACUUGUGCUGAUCUAAGGAAGAGGCUCUGGAGUCUCUGUCACCUCUUUUCUUCCCAGGAUCCUGGCUGUGGGCUGGAUUUUCUGUCCUCAGCUUCAGGGGAUCAGUUACAGGGAAUCAGGAUCUCAGAAUCUUUUGGUUUUGCUUUUACUUGAACCCUUUCAACUGGGAAGCUGAAGCUAUCACUGCUAAAAUCCCAUUUUUUUUUCCCAAGCAUGUCAGAAAGCUGGCAGCAGCAACAGCAGCAACCACAGCAGCCGCCGCCACCGCAGCAGCACCACGCUGGGGCAGCCGCCCUCCCAGAGCACUCCAUCCCUCCCAGCACUGCUGACAACCCCUUGGGCUGUGCUGUCUACGGCAUCCUGCUCCAGCCGGACCCCGGACUGCAGCACCACCAGCACACCCCCAUCCAGGCUGGAGAGCCAUCCCACAAAUGUGGGGUGUGUGGCCAUGACCUCGCUCACCUCUCCAACCCCCAUGAGCACCAGUGCUUGCCAGGCCAUGACCGCUCUUUCCAGUGUACCCAGUGCCUGAAGAUCUUCCACCAGGCCACUGACCUUCUUGAACAUCAGUGUAUCCAGGUGGAGCAGAAGCCCUUUGUGUGUGGGGUUUGCAAGAUGGGCUUCUCCCUCCUGACCUCACUGGCGCAGCAUCACAAUGUCCACAACGGCAAUGCCAUGAAGUGCUCUAUCUGUGAGAAGACCUACAAGCCUCCCGAGGUAGAGCAUUCACAGGCUCUCGACCCCUCAGAGAAGCCCUACAGCUGCUCCAUCUGUCAGAAAACCUUCAAGCACCUCUCGGAGCUGUCCCGGCAUGAGCGCAUCCACACAGGUGAGAAGCCGUACAAGUGCACGCUGUGUGACAAGAGCUUCAGCCAGUCCUCCCACCUGGUGCACCACAAACGGACGCACAGCUCGGAGCGGCCCUACAAGUGCACGGUGUGCGAGAAGACCUUCAAGCACCGCUCCCACCUGGUGCGCCACAUGUACGCGCAUUCCGGGGAGCACCUCUUCAAGUGCAACGUCUGCGAGCUGCACUUCAAGGAGUCCUCGGAGCUGCUGCAGCACCCCUGCACGCCCAGCGGGGAGCGGCCCUUCCGCUGUGGGGAGUGCCAGAAGGCCUUCAAGCGUCCCUCGGACCUGCGGCAGCAUGAGCGCACGCACAGCGAGGAGCGGCCCUUCAAGUGCGACCUCUGCCAGAUGAGCUUCAAGCAGCAGUACGCGCUCAUGCGCCACCGCCGCACGCACAAGGCCGAGGAGCGCUUCAAGUGCAACCUGUGUGAGAAGGGCUUUGUGCAGCCCUCGCACUUGGUGUACCACCAGCACGUGCACGGCAUAGAGAACCUCUUCAAGUGCAACGUGUGCCAGAAAGGCUUCAGCCAGUCCUCAGAACUGCUGCGGCACAAGUGCGUGCAGAACGCGGAGCGGCCCUUCAAGUGCGCGGUGUGCAACAAGUCCUACAAGCGGGCCUCGGCUCUGCAGAAGCACCAGCUGGCCCACUGCGCUGAGAAGCCACUCAAGUGCACGCUCUGCGAGAGACGUUUCUUCUCCUCCUCGGAGUUCGUGCAGCACCGCUGCGACCCGGCCCGUGAGAAGCCCCUCAAGUGCCCCGACUGUGAAAAGCGGUUCAAGUACGCUUCGGACCUGCAGCGCCACCGGCGCGUGCACACGGGCGAGAAGCCCUACAAGUGCUCCUCCUGCGAGAAGGCCUUCAAGCAGCGUGAGCACCUCAACAAGCACCACAGCGUGCAUGCCCGGGAGCAGCAGUAUAAGUGCAUGUGGUGCGGGGAACGGUUCCUGGACUUGGGCCUGCUGCAGGAGCACAGCGUCCAGCACACGGCCGAGGGUGCCUACCAGGUGGCUGCCUGCUUGCCAUGAGCCUCCCGCCCCAUGGUGGUUUUCAGCUUGCAUGGGACGCUCCUGAGCCUUGGCCUCCCCUUCCCUCUCCUCGGUUGUAGGCAACCUCCAGGGAGUGUGGGGGAAAGGGGAGGUACGGUGUAUGGGCAGGUAAACUUUCCUCUGGCCUCAGUGGUUGAUAUGCCACCUGUAUCAAAGUAGCAACAGACGACAUGAACAUCUCAAAGGGGUGGAAAGGAAAGGAGGGAGGUGGAGAGAGGAAACUAUGGCUGUAGAUGCCUGGUGUUCCCUGGACUGUAGUUCAUGCUGUACCUGCAGUUCCAGUCCUGGGAGCUCAGCUGCCCGUUGCAGGCACCAGCUCUUUGUGUCCAGCCGUUUUCCCCUGCCCUGCCUGGCAGGGUUGGUGGGGAGGGCUGGGUGACUCUCCUCCUGGAGAGGGCUUAGGAGCAAGGCAGAGCCAGCCCUCCCUUCUCCCAGGGUGUGCUGCUUGGCAUGGAGGUUUCUGCUGCUGGGGUCUACCAACUUGGUCCAAGCUCAGUUGAGGGCACCAUUUCAGAUCAUUAGUGUUGAUUAACUGCCCCAACCUCCCCUGCUCUCCCUUCUUCUAGAGUGUUGAAAGGGAAAAGCCAUGGGGCUGCACAGCUCCAAAAAGCACUUUGGCAUUGCUGCUUUUGCAGUCGCUGGCUGUCACACUCUGCAAGGAUUUUGAGUGAGCCUGCCCGCCCACUGUCCCUGCCAGCUGCAUAGGGAACUGUAGGAAGCACUGUGCUGCUACCAGAAAGCAUGGCAAGAAGCACUGGGACAGUCUGCCCAGGAGGAGGUCGUGGAUUCUCCCUCUCUGGAGACAUUCAAGACCCACCUGGACAUACUUCUGUGUAGCCUGCUUUAGGUGAAUCUGACUUAGCAGGGAGGUUGGACUAGAUGAUCUCCAAAGGUCCUUCCAACCCUAACAAUUCCAUAAUUCUGUGACAGCAUUCAUACCCUGCUCCUGGCCAAGAGCUUGGCAUUCAAGAGCUGCUUCCCAAGGGACCUAGCCCUCCUGCUGAGCCUUGCCUCCAGUCCCCAACCCCUCGAGUACCCCUUGGGCUGUUAGUAGUACCUCCAGCAGGGUCAGGCAAAGGGCUGCCACAGCUCCAACACUAACAGGUGAGAUGAACACUACAAUAACCUACAACAGCAGAGGUGUUGCCAUGGCCAGCAGUAAUCCAUGGCACAUGCCAGGGGCUUGGUGUCUGAUUUGCUGGACGAACCAGAGCAAGCCAGGAGAAUCCUUUCUGGACUGCAGGCUCGGCUCCAUGGGGAGGGCAAGGUUAGCAGUGGCUAAAGGAGAAGUCUAUUUUUCCCCCUCUUGCAGGAGUCCUGUUUUACCCCUUUGCCCUUUCUUUACCUCGUCUGUAUUUUUCAGGUUUUGCACACUUCUUGUAAACAUCACUUAAAAAUAAAUCUCCCCUAGCAAGGUUGAUGCAGCCUCAGGUGUUUUCCUCUGCAGGAAUUUGCUGGCUUCUCAUGUCCAAGAGAUCCAUUACAUGUCAGUUAGAUGCCUUGAAGGUUGAAGAUGUGCUUACUAGGUUUCUCCCCAGCCUUCCCCUCUCCAUCUUUGGAGAUAAUAAGAUGUUAAGUAUCCAUCUGUGGAGAUGUUCAAUCCCUGAUUGGAUGUGGUCGUGGACAACCUGGUGUAGCUGACCCUGUGCAAGCAAGAAGUUGGACCUGAUGGUCUUCAGAGGUCCCUGCCAGCCUCAGCUCUUCUGUGGUGUUGGCUGGUGGUCUUGUGAGGUUGUAGUGAGCCUCAAGUAGUGAACAGCAGCCAGUAAGUUGCCCAUGUGCUGCACAAGUGAUUAGGACAAGGUUAAUAACUGUUGUCCAUGGCAAGUGUAGACAGAUUAACCUUGCAGAGGGUUGGACUGGGCCUGCAUCUCUGGUGGGGAGCACCUGUCGGAAAGGUGGAGAAAGGCUUUAGUUUUCCAUUUCCAGCAUGGUGAGGGGGAACAGAGCGUAUUUUCAGGGGCUGGGACGGUGCAGUGGCAGGUUAGACCCUGGGGCUGAGUCUUCUUCAUGUGCAACUUUAAGGAGAUUAAAACAGACUGUGCUCUCUGCUGCCCAAGGAAGAGGGACCCAUGAUGGUUAUCUUACUUUGUGCUGCCUCAAAGAUGUAGAACUUCCUACCAAGUUUUCCAUCUGUGUUUCUUUUUCCUCUUUUUUUGUUUUACCUUUUUUUUAAAAGCAGUUUGUUAAAAUUCAUUAAAAAUACUGUAUAGUUUAACUUGAUGUCAUACUGGAUCUUUAAAAAAAAAAAAAGAUGUGGUAACUUGGAUUUUUAAAGAGCUCUUUAGUUCUAGGUAGCUGGUUUUUGCUGUUUAGUAUGUAGUAAGUUCAGUGUAUGCUUUACUGUAGGAGUAAAAGAGAGUCCAAACCAAGGAAGGCUAAUCCUGUCUUUACAGAAGGGCUUGGUGGUGAUGGAGGCUGAGAGUGUGGGACCAGAUGAGGACUGUGGCACCCACCUGAAUCCUUGCUUUGCUCCUGCCUUGGGCCAUGGUUCACUCUGCUCUUGCCCAGCACAGCUGCCAGAGGUUCAGUGGUUGCCCUGAGCACUUGAGCACAGUGCUGGAAGCCAGGAUCAGUGCCCAGGGCUUGGAGCUUGCAGAGAGGCUCAUCUUCAGUAGGAGGAAGGUGUGAGAUGGAGGCGGCUGCAGCCUCCAUGGGUUUUUGUGGCUCUGCUGUUUCUUUCUGGGGCAGCUGCUGGCUAGAGGAGGGUUUGGAGAAAUCAUUAACUGGCUGUGCCCUGCUCUCUUCCCUCCCCAGGAGCCCGGUGGGCUGCUCGGGUGACCACCUGGUGCUUGGGGCAGAGGAGGAUGGUGGUGAGCCCCAGACACAGCUCCACACUAUGCGGUGGCCACGGAGCUGCCAGAUUCUGUCCCCUUGGUAUAGCUGGACAUAAGGACUGUUGGGGGGUGUUUCUCUUGUGCUGAGCAGCUGGGCAAGCCCUGGAUAUCCCAGUGAGGAGCUGUGGCUCUGCCUAGGGUGUGGCAACAGCCAAACAGUGCCCGGGGCAGAGAGUCUUGUCAGGGCUGUGUGCAUGGGGCCCCAUGCCAGGGAGAGAGGGGAUGCUGUGUAGAGCUGGGGGUGGAUGAGCCCAGGUCCAGGUCAGCUGGUGCCUGUGAAUAGGUGCCUCCAGGUUCAAAAGCAUCAUGCUGCAGGAUUAGAGCAUCAUUAUUAGGACUGGCCAUGAGUCCAUGAUGACUCGGUCUCUUGUUUCAUUUGCUGCCCUGCAACCGCCCAAAUCCUAUAGAAGCCCAAUGGAGAACAUGCAGCUGGAGCUUGGGGAUGGAGGACCUGUGCAGGGUGGGCCACUGAGAGCGUUUGGUAUAUUUUUAUAGGAGCAUUUUCUAGUUGGAAGCAGCAGUGUUGCCUACAGGGGGUAGGGGAAGCAGGUCCAUCUCUGUUGCUGUGCCUUUGGGUCGUGUUUUUUCCAGUGAGGUGAGAGGUGAUGGAAGUAGCAGUAAGCAUGUGUCAGGAGUGCUGUGCUCUGUGGGGAGACAGGGGCUGGCCUGGGACUGAUGUCCCUGGAGCAUCACACUGCAGAGCUCUCUGCUGACUGCUGGUGUUUCCUUUUCAAACCAAAGAGCAGUUGGGGCCAAAGGCCUUUGGGGAGUAAACCAUGUUUCUACUCUGUACCUGUUGCACUUCGCUUCUGGUGUUUAUUUCAAGCAACUUUCAUGCUCCUGCCUCUGCUUGGCCUCUUGCAUCCCUCACUGCCCUGCAGCACCUAAGAGAGUUGCUGUGCUGGAGCUGGUGUGCCAUCAGCCCCGUAGCAAGUGCUCGUGCCAGUUCAAGACCUAGUUGCCAGACCACCUGGGGAUGCUGUGUGGGGCUGGGUAGUGGGUGGUCCCUCCCGAGGGGUGGUUCUCUUUGACAGGCAGUCUGAGCAUAGGGUGCUACUGGGGAGGCAGCAGGGAGAGUUGGGUUGGGCAGAGGUUGUGUGGGUGUUGUCCAGGACGUAAAUCCUGCUCUCUAGGGCUCUUCCUCUGGCUUCCUGGGUCCAGGAAAGGGUAGUCUGUAACCUGGGCUUUUACUGACCUUCACUUCCCCUUAGCCUACCUACAGGAUGCCUCUAGCUGUCUCAGCCCCUUCCCUUCCACAGCUUAUACUUUUAAAAGACAUUCUCAGCUUCUUUUCUCUUUGUUCAGUUCUUUAUUUGUAAGCAGUGGUUUGUUUUUCAUUACAUUUUCUUCCCCUUUUCCAUACUGAUUGUGAAGUCUCUUCCUUCGUUCCCGCCUCCCUACGCUCCCCCAGCCCCAAAUUCCUUUCCCAGGCUGAGGUAGGAUCCAGGUGAUACCAAACCACUGAUGGUGAGAUCAGGUGUUUAGGACCUGAAUCUUGCUGGAAUCCAGUGGGUGCUUCUGGUCCUUCCCCACAAGAGGCCAUCCACUUCACUGGGCAUGGGUGAUGCCUGUGGCCUGGCAGCUUGGCUCGGCCAGAUCCUGCCCAUGCUCUGGCAAGCGAGUCCAAGCCAGGACCAAGGGCCAGAACAGAGCUGUAGGAAAUGGGGACUGGGGUGGGAGCAGCCAUUUGCAUGGUGGGUCCCUUUGUCACGUCUCCAAGGCUGGGGAUUAAGUCAAUGAAGGACUGUCAGACAUUCCUGGGGAGAUGUCGUGGCUCUGGGGUGGGCUCAGACGGCGCAGUUAGUUCCCCUGGGAGUGCCUGUGGAGCAGCUGUGUACAUCAAGCAGGUGACUGAGCUGAGUUAGCUGUGGCAGGGACACCCCUGGGACCAUGGGUAUGCCCAGGUGGCCCAGCCAGCUCUCCAGUGAGCAGAUGCCAUCUCUGCAAUCUGGGUGGGAGGAUGUGCAUGCUCUGGUCUUGGGGCUCAUGUGCUGGACUGGGCGACAAAGGGGAAAGCAUCCUCUGACAGAGUUUUGGGACCAUCUCUGGGUGCUCAAGCCUGCCCUUGCAGGGAGGAGAGGAGGGAGUAGAACACUUUCUGCACUUCCUUGGGUAUUUACCAUCAAGUCCAGGCUGCAGCUGAAGCCUGGCCAUUAAAAAAUAGACAAAACCCUCUUGUUGCACUUCAGAGUUUGACUCUUUCUCCAUUGGGUGGCAAGUUCACCUGUGGGAAGGUUCCUGUGCAUGCAGGUGAAAUGCUGAGGUUCAAUAAGGGCAGGCCAGUGAGGGUUGGGGCUGGCAGCUCCUCCUGGGCCCGGUGAGCACCCAUCUUCUCCCCAGCUGCCCGGCUUCCUCCGCACCAUCUCAUGGCAGCUGCCUCUGACACUUCCUGGGUGUGAAGAUGCUGCUCUCACAGAGUGCCUGGGAUGCUCAGUGGGGAGAGCAGGACCCCAGGUGGGAGCUGGACCAUGGGCUUGUCUCUGAGUGCCUCCAAGCCGUGGAUCUGAGGGACUUCAUGGUCAGUGAGGUUCUUGGGCUCCUCCCCAACCCAUGGUCAUGACUCCGGUAGAGUUCCCAGGGCUGUUGGAAGUUGCGGCCAAGGUUGCUGGGGUUUGUGUGGCUUGCAGUGCCUUUAACACUGCUCUCCGUGUGUUUCUAAGAUGAUACUCCAUGUAUGUGUGUAUAUAUAUUGUAAUAACACAUCCCGCUCUUCUGUGUGAGUGUCAAAUGUUUUUGCUUUACUAAUAAAUUUAUAGUUAUUUAUA